AUUGUGAAAGUGUUGACCGGACGUGUGGGUCUUGCUGCCGCGUGUUGACGCUCCGGGUUGAUUCUGGUUCCUGUGAAGUGGAUCCGGACUCAGUGUGGACGGACCGAACCCGCCUCUGUCCCCUCGGACCCCCCCGUGUCCCUGAAGCCCACCGACGGUUCGAUUCCGGUUCGGAGGCGAGACGUGAAGUCUGAGUCCUGAACACAGACGACGUCUCUUUCCUGAAAACCUGAGCGUGACCUGUUGUGCGUCUGGGCAGCCUGGCUGCCUCCCUGCAUCUACAUGAAUGAAGAACACUCCGGGACUCAGAGACACAGCUGAUACAGGGCAUGAAGGUGUUUCUGCAAAUAUGAUGAAGAAAAAGAAUCCUCACAAGAAACACAAGAGCAGCCUGAGUCCGACCACCAACGCUCUGUCGCAGCCUCCACGCAGCCUGGUGGGCAGCCGGAUCCAGCACGUGUGGAAGGAGGGGGGGGGUCACGUGGUCUGGAAGGGAACGGUGCUGGACCAGGUGCCAGUGAACCCGUCGCUCUACCUGAUCAAGUACGAUGGCUUCGACUGUGUGUACGGUCUGGAGCUGCACAAGGACGAGAGGAUCCAGGGGCUGGAGGUGCUUCCUGACCGGCUGGCUAAAUCCCGUGUGACAGACGCCAGCCUGGCAGACACCAUGAUAGGGAAAGCGGUGGAGCACAUGUUUGAGACGGAGGAGGGUCCGAAGGAGGAGUGGCGGGGGAUGGUUCUGGCCCGAGCUCCCAUCGUGACCACCUGGUUCUACAUCACCUACGAGAAGGAGCCCGUGCUCUACAUGUAUCAGCUGCUGGACGAUUAUAAAGCAGGAGAUCUCCGCAUCAUGCCCGAGUCCAACGACAGCGUCCCGACGGAGCGGGAGCCCGGGGAGGUGGUGGACAGCCUGGUGGGCAAACAGGUGGAGUACGCCAAAGAAGAUGGCGGCAAGCGAACCGGCAUGGUGAUUCACCAGGUGGAGGCCAAGCCCUCCGUGUACUUCAUCAAGUUUGACGACGACUUUCUCAUUUACGUCUACGACCUGGUCAAGACCUCGUAAACCUGACGUUGACUUCUGGAGUUGGACCGUAAAACAAAAAUGAAAAGGUUGCUGCAGAAGAACAAAGGACAGAUGCUCAGUGAAGGUGAAGCCUCAUCUACGACCUUCUGUGACUCUUAAAAUGGACAAAUUCAAUUGGCCGUGGAUUUAUGUUACUCCCCCAAAGUCUUUGGAAGAAGGAAAUCUGUCUGGAAAUUCAGUUUUAAUCCCGUAUUUCAGUUGAAGAUGAAAUGAGGCCUUUUAGAGAAACUCACAUUCUGAACAAAGAUUUGCUGACAACUUAAAAUCUGUUUCAUCCCCUGAAGGAAACCAACCUCAAAAGAGAAUCCUUCUUAGUGUCUGGUUUCAUCCAGUGAGCUGCAGAGGAAGAUCUCCGGUGUUGCUGACGUGUGAUUAAUGAGCAGAACUAAUGAUCAUAACACAUGGAAAAGUUUGACAAAGAAACAAGACGACCUCUGGAGAAAUGUCUCCAGAGGUCGUGACCCCAGAAUACGAGAAGUCUCCCAGUGAGGACGAGAAAUCUGGAGGUGAAAGAAAGACGAGAAGGAGGCGACUUCUUGGUCCAUAAAAGAAAAAGCAAGAAAAACACUCACAUUUAGUCAAAAUUAGUGAAAACAACCUUAGAAAUAGAUAUAACUCAUAAAUAUGACUCGACAAUUUCUGUACAACUGAGAUUCGUGAGACAAGAAACAAAGAGAGUUGUUUAAUUAUUCUGAACCCUGUAUACGAGUGUGAGUUGAUCAAUUAUUAAAAUAAUAAUUUACAAAAAAACAGUCGUCAUCCAACCCGGACGCUUUGGCCAUUUCUGAAAGAAGAGUCUUUAAAAAAGAUCCAAGAAGGAACCAGAGAGUUUGAGCCGAGUGGGAUUCUAUUGUUUUUCUAUUGUACAGAAGCAAAACAGAGUUUCAUGACAUCUUGUGCUUAUUGUCCCGGCUCCACUUCACCAACAUGAAGCUCAACAGAUCAAACACAAUCUGUCUUUCAUCUUCAACCCUGUCGUGAAGUCCUUUGAUGUUGAGGACGAUCGGACUUUCUGGUGAUUUCACUGAAGCCUUUGGACUCGUGUCUUUUUCUAGAAGGUCGGUGAAGGAUUGAAAAGGACGGAGAGACAAAGCCCGUCUGUCCUCUGCAGGUUGUUGUAAUGUUUGGGUAAAAUCUGCAUUUCUGUGGGUUCCUCUUCUUCUGACGUCCAAACGGAUUCAAGGAGCUGGAAACUGGUUUAAUGCACCUUUAGAAACUGGAGGAUGAGGAGAAGAUUCCCUGGACUGCUCAUGACUUUUGAUGUCGAAGGAAUUGACCAGAAAAACUGUCGGUUGUGUCUCAUAAUGAAGAGAUUAAGACGAAGUGAAGGUUUAAAUUUACUUUCGAUUUGUUUGGUUUGAUCGAGACUGAGUGUUUUUCAUAAACCAGAGUUCUGUUCAGAGUUCUUCUCUCUGAGCCGAGCUCAACGUCAGAGGUCAGUUUUUACUGGAGACGUUUUGGAAUCAAGUUGCCAUGUUUCUGGGUCGGUCAGCUUCACGUUUAAAAGAUUAAAUUUUAUUAACGUGAAAGAACAUUUGGAAGCUGAUGUCAUUUUCCUCCCAAAUAUUUCUACAUUAGGGUAAAAAGGAAACCAGUAAAGACCAGUGACUGUAGAUAAAGAUGGACGACACUUCUCCACUUCCUCCUGUUUAGGAUACGAACGCUGCCAUACACCUGCUCGACCAAUCAGGAGUCAGAACCUGUUUGUUCAAGUGUUUCUGAUCAGUUUGGUUUUAAUUAGUUAAUUGAUCAUAUGAAAAACAGACUGAGACGUCUUGAUUGACAGCUUAGACUGACUCCUGAUUGGUCAGGUGCAUGUAUGGGCAGGACCUAGAUACUACAGCUCUACUUCCUGAUCUCCACUUCACAGACUCUGACUCUGACUCUGAAUGUUCAAGAUGGCGGCAAAGCUGUCCAGGAUGUUUUGGCUUAAUUUCCCGAUAGUGGGAGGAAAUGAAGGUGCGUCCCCCAUCUUUAAUUAGUCUGUUCUCAACCAAUCAGACGUCUGCGCUGAGUCGCUGCUCAGAACCGAGCUGUUUCUGUCGAACCUUCAGUCUUUGUGCUUCCUGUGAUGUCGUUAGUUGCUGAGGCAGAUUCCAGCUCUUAUUAUAACUGCACUAAACCACUCUGAGGUCUGCAGGUUUCUGAUCAUCUGAUCCAGGAUCAGUUCAGUGACGAGUCGUCUCGGAGCCUCGAGUCACAGCGAGGUCGCAUCCAGUUCAUUUUAAUAUUCAAAUACAAACGGUUAUUGUUGUUGUUGUUGUUGUUGGAAUGACCUCGGCCUUCUGUCAUCCUUCUGCCUUGUAAUGUUUGUUUUUGUAUGUUUUAAAAUGUAUGUUAAUAAUUUUUAAUGUUAAUGGAAAA